AUGCCUACGAACAUCCGUGCUCGUUCGCGCCAAACUUUCGCCCGUGUACACUCCACCCACUUUCCGCAACCGCCUCAGAGGGACACCAAGAAAAUCGCAGAUUCAAUUGCUUACUCAACAGUUGACGUCCAUGAAAUCAACACCAUACCUCCACUACUUGCUCUGCCUUCUGAACUGCUUUUGAAAAUUCUCGGCAAUUUACAAGACCUCCAAGACCUUUUCUCGACAAUACUUGCCUGCCGCCGGAUUUUCGAUAUUUUCCAAGAAGCACAAAGACUACUAAUCGAGUCAACUUUCGCCAAAUAUAUUCGUCUGAAGACCGAUCGAGGGAUCUACCAAGUGCUAAUCCAGCUCGGUCGGAUUAUUCGACGAGAUAUCGUUCACAGAGACGUUGUGCGACACGUCUUUGAAACCGGAUGGGAAGUUUUCAGACAAAGACAUCAAGAGGAGCUACUUAUUCCAUUCGGGAGGGCCAUAGCAUGGUCCUAUGUCCUGAAUAACCGCCAAGCUGAUGCAGUUUGUCUUUUGCAACUGAUACAGAAGGGGGAGCCACCCUUUGGAUGGUCGGAAAAAUUCGCACAGCCGCCUAUUCAACCAAUCAGAGAGCUCUUGGGCCAGCUAGUCUCCGAGGAGAACGGUGUUGAUAGAAAGUACAUCAGCUCUGACUUGGACCACCCGCUGGUUGAGAUUAAGAGAAAGUCCAAUUCAAGUGCGUCAUGUCUCAAUCAUAUCGAGCAGAGCGCUCUUUUGAAGGAUGGGAUCUUGUUCAGGGAAAACUCAAUUGUGAUGAGAAAGAGCACACCAUAUCCGCCGAGGGUCUCUUCCAAGCAUAUGUUUCAUUACAAUUUGUUUCGUCACGGAUCAAUCUCCAAUGAGACCAUGAACAGGGACGUCAUGAAAGCUCUAGCUCAUCAGCCAACAGAUUCAUAUGCGGGGGGCGGACAGCACAGGUCUUUACGCAACCUAUGA